GCUGCUGCUGCGGCAGAUACUAUGACUUGGAAGCUGCUUGGGGCUCCGCUCCCAGCCAGCGAAAAGUAACCUUAUUUAUUUAAUUCUGUGCAUGCAUUCAGUCGACAACGCUCCUCCGUAAGCAGCCGGAACAAGGCACCCCCUCGGACUUUUGGGGAAACCUCCUUGGAGAUCCAUCUCCCUCUGGCUGCCCUAGUGCAGCUUGGGAGCGUUCCCUGGCUUUUUAACAACGUAUCCCAAGAAGAGGACCCUCCCAGCGAGAAAACCGAGCUCUCCUUUCCAGGUUGGGUCGGACCUGAAACCCUAAAAGCGCAGAAAUCCUUCAGCCCCUCCAUUGCCUUCGGAUCCCAAGAAGCAGCAGCCGCGGCUGUGCCUGAGGACGGAGUUUGCUCUUGAACUCGAUGGAUCUGAACUUUGGGCUGCAGAAUCAUCAGUGCGGCUGUUGGGGGAUCGCUACGUGCUGAUCUCCGGCAAGGGACGGCUGCUAAUUAUUAUUAUUAUCAUUAUUUUUUUUUGUGGGGGGUGAGCAGUAGCUGGGCGCUCGGCACGAUGUUUCUUGCCACCUUGUACUUCGUGCUGCCGCUCGUGGAUAUUCUUUUGACAGCUGAAGUCAGUGGCGGGGACCAUUUGGACUGUGUGAAAGCCAGCGACCAGUGCCUCAAAGAGCAGAGCUGUAGUACCAAGUACAGAACCCUGAGGCAGUGUGUGGCGGGCAAAGAGACCAACUUCAGCCUGGCAUCUGGGCUGGAGGCGAAGGAUGAGUGCCGGAACGCUAUGGAGGCUCUGAAGCAGAAGGCACUUUACAAUUGCCGGUGUAAGAGGGGCAUGAAGAAGGAGAAGAAUUGCCUGCGCAUUUACUGGAGCAUGUACCAAAGCUUGCAGGGAAAUGACUUGCUUGAAGAUUCCCCAUAUGAACCAGUUAACAGCAGAUUAUCAGAUAUAUUACGACUAGUCCCACAUAUGCCAGUGGAGACUAUUUCAAAGGGGAACAACUGCCUGGAUGCUGCUAAAGCCUGCAACCUCAAUGACACCUGCAAGAAGUACCGAUCAGCGUACAUCACCCCUUGCACCACCAGCCUGACCAAUGAAGUCUGCAACAGGAGGAAGUGCCACAAGGCCCUGCGGCAGUUUUUUGACAAGGUUCCCCCCAAGCAUAGCUAUGGGAUGCUCUUCUGCUCCUGCCAGGACAUAGCCUGCACAGAGAGAAGACGGCAGACCAUUGUGCCUCUGUGUUCUUAUGAGGAAAAGGAGAAGCCAAACUGUUUGAAUUUGCAGGAUUCCUGCAAGACGAAUUACAUCUGCAGAUCUCGCCUUGCGGAUUUUUUCACAAACUGCCAGCCUGAAUCACGGUCUGUUAGCAGCUGUCUAAAGGAAAACUAUGCUGACUGCCUUCUUGCCUACUCUGGGCUUAUUGGCACAGUGAUGACACCUAACUAUAUAGAUUCUAACAGCCUCAGUGUGGCUCCGUGGUGUGACUGUAACAACAGUGGUAAUGACUUAGAAGAAUGCCUGAAAUUUUUGAAUUUCUUCAAGGACAACAUGUGUCUCAAAAAUGCAAUCCAAGCCUUUGGCAAUGGCUCCGAUGUGAAUGUGUGGCAGCCUGUCCUCCCCGGACAGACCACCACAGCCACGACCACAACAGCCUUCAGAGUCAGGAGCAACAAGUCUCUGGGCUCAGGGUCAGAGAAUGAAAUCUCAUCCCAUGUUUUGCCACCUUGUGCAAACCUACAGGCACAGAAGCUAAAAUCCAAUGCUUCAGGAAAUCCACACCUCUGCCUGGCUGAUCGGGAUUUUGACAAAGACCGAGCUGGAGGAUCCAGCCAAAUCUCCUCGGACUCAGCGGCAGCGCCUGCGAGUGGGAGCCUAAGCAAAUUGACGGUGGUGGCCAUUGCCGCAUUGAAGGCCUUCUUGUCCAUAAGUCUGGCAGAAACGUUGUAGCCCUGUUAACAAACAAACAAACAAAACAACCACAUAUGGACGUGUACAAAAACAAAACAAAAAAACAAGCCGUUUCCUGUUCUUUGUUGUCUAUCUGAAAUUCCAAUUUUAGGAGCUAAGUUCAAGCAGUCUGCUAAAAGAGUUUCAUUCAACUGGAAAUUUUUUUUUUUUUUAAAGCAAGCUUCUUGUGAUAUUCAGGGGCCUUUGUGGAAUAUUUGAUGCAGUGCUGCAUUCCAAACCCAAAAGGCUUUUGAACAUGCUGUAUUUUAAAGAGACAGUAUGUAAAUUUGGCUAUAAAACAAAUAGGCUUUUUGUUAUUAAUUAAUUUUUAAAUGGUUUUAUCCCUGGCUUUUAUUUGCAAGGGGGACUAAGUUUGUUUUCCUAAUAUCUUCCCUAGUUCAUUGAACAGCUUUGGUUUCAAAUUAAGUGAACUUCAGACUAACGGGGAUGCCAGGCUUUUGUCACCACAUAAAGGUUUUCACAAUGAGUGGACUUUAUGAAAACAUUUCCUUCUCAUAGACUGCUACUGAUGUUAAGCUUUCUAAAUGUAUUAGCAUCUUUCUUCUUAAUGUUUAUGAACUCUUAAGUGGUUUUGCAUUCUCUCCUGCUAAAACAUGAUAUGUCACAUACAGAUGUAAUGUAUGUUUCUCAGUUAUGAUUUCAUAAAAAAGGGGGGUGGAGGGAGUUUGCAACUUGCUAACGGUAUGUUAAUCAUUUAAAUACAUUCAUCUAAGCCUUAUAUGGGUGAGAAUUCCUUAAACUAACAAAGAGUCAGACAUAAUGGAAGCUUAACUCUAAUAAUCUUUACAUUUAUGAGAUUAUAUAUAGAAACAAAUUUUACUAAAUGGUUUCAAAUGUUGGCUUUCUAUAUUUUGGACCUAAUAAUUCUAUCCCCAUUUUUUACUGUUGGUUUAAUACAAAAUACAUGGAGUUCAUUUCCCUCUCAUAGAACUGUUUUAUCUGCCUAUAUUAGUAACACUAUAAAUAUAACUCCUUAAAAGCAGAAUUCUAGGAGCCUUAUGCUUUAUCAGAAAGCUCUGCAUCACAUUAUGGUAGACAGGAGCAGGGGGGAAACAGAGAAUCCUAAAGCUUAAUCAUUGACCAUUCAUGGAGAUAUGCUAGGAGCCUCAUUUGAAGGGGGGAAUGUUGGUCACUUACAAAAUGGUCUAGCUCUAAUGGCCACAUUGCUAGUUCACAUAAUGUAAUGAUUCUGGAUUUGUUUCACUUAACAAGGACAGCCUUUACUGGAUGAGGCAGAAUUCUCUGCCCCAUCCUUCAAGCAUCGGCACAGUUCCUUUCCUGAGGGUUGUCUUUAUUCUUAACUGUGACGGCUUAGUUACUCUUACUGGCAGUUAUGUCUAAAUGAUCCACAGUAAUCUAGUUUUAUUGAGUUGCAUCUCUUCCCCCUUCCUUCCCCCGACUCUCCCACCCCUUCCAUGACAGACAAUAACGGAAUUAAGGCAAAAGAUUCAUUAUGUUGGAUUUAGAGUUCUGAAGUAAAACUUCCACGGUAAUAUACUGGAUCCAUCGUGAUUGUUCACUUAGUAUAGGACAAAGAUAAAAACAGGGACCCUUAAAUUACAAAGUACAGGGCUGCCUCAGUGUAGAGAAAAGCUGCAUACUGUUGGCAAAACAUUGGGUGCAUAGAUCUACACAUUCUCUUCUAUAGUUCUUUUUUAUUAAACUGGUAGAAUUCUAAAGUAGGUUUUUGAGGCCUGGGUAUUUUUGAGGUAAAUUAGAUCCAAGGUAUAUUCUGAUGUGUUUGUAAGAAUGUGUACCCCUCUAGACAGAGUAAACUCAAUAACAGCAUUUCUCUUCGAUUUAAUGCUGAUAAAUUGGAGUUUUCUUUUGAAUUCAGCAGAGAGGCUUUGGGGGAAGAAAUCCACACUUGGUGUACACCAUCUUAGCAUACGUAGUCCCCCUUCCCUCAGUCAUGCCGCUGUUUUCCUCCUGAGUGUUGAUCAAAUUAUUGAAAGGGGGAAAUAUAUAUAUAUAUAUAUAUAUAUAUAUAUAUGAUGAGAAAGAAGAAGAAAUGUCUUUUGUACAACCAAGGUAAAGACCUAGUUUUUCCAAGUGUAAUUGAGUUAGAAGCAUAUUCACACACAAAUGCUUUUGAAUGCAUAGUUCUAACUAUAAUUGCCAACGUUCUUCAGUAAUAAAUGGUCUUAAGAUAAACUUGAUAAACAUGAAGCCUAUUUGAUUUGUGAAAACUUUCUGAAAUAUACUACUUGGAAUGAACACAUUAAGUGUGUUGAAAUAUCUGGAAGACUAACAAUUAGUAAAUAUCUCUUAAAGAACAUAUUUUGCUUUAAUUAUGCUAUCUCUGUAUCUACACUCAGCUAAUUACAUAUGGGUCUGAUGCAGUGUAGGCCACUAUAAAACGCUAUUGAUUACUUCUGCUGUAAACAGCAGCUCUAAUUAGCUUCAGAUGACCAAAGAGGAAAUGGUAGUUAUCAGAUCUAACAAGGGUCGCCUUCAGUAAUAAGCUCAUGGAUAUAAAACAGACAUAAAUUAUAUUUUGAAAAGCCUCAUCUAUCACCAACAAGAAAGUUCUUGUUUUUCUUCAAAGCCAAAAGCAUAUGAUGGUUUCCAAAUCCUUAAUUUGAAAAUAAAUUGCUUAUUAAACAAACAGGAUAUGGGAACAGAUUCUCAGUGUCCAAUCUUUUAUUGAAGUUCUUAUGGACUUAAGGCUGUCAAGAUUGGCAUGAAUUCUUUCUAGUUGAAUGUGACAUGAAUGAUGUCAGCUUAACAUGGUAACCUUGUCAACACUGUCAUUUGCACCAGCCCUCUAGUAAGCAAAUGAUGUGGUUCUUUUCCAUUGAUUGUCUCCAUUGAAUGUUGACAAAAUAAGGGCCCAGAAAACUCAAGUGUCUCCUCCCUUAGUUUUUAGCUUGUAUGUUUUUGGAGCCACCAAAUAUGAUAGCUAGCCAUUGGAAUAUGGGAAGAAGCAGUCUAUUCUGAGACUGUAAAUGCACUGGAAGUUUCUAGGAUGAGGCUGAUUUUAAACAGGAACUAAUAAACAUUUAGGGCAAGUCCCAGAGUCAGAAAAGUCCUGCUGCCCUUUUUGGUUCAAAAAAUACACACAAAAAAAAACCAAGCAGUUCUGCUAAAGGAAUUAGAAGCACAGUCUAAUUUGACAUUGGCUUUAUUUGACCAUUUUUUAGUGUCUCAAUUAUAGCACACAAUGGAAAAAAAAAA